CGAUGGACGACGUGUUAUUGUAGAUGCGGAUGGUAAUGUCGCAGUAACAAUCGGUAGUCUACCCAAAUCGACUAGCCAUACAAAAAGAAGGGAGAGGAAAUCCGUUGAUAGCAGUGAAAAGCAAACGAAAUCUGUGCAGGAGCUAUCAAGACAUGUAGUUAGAGCGCUUGCCACAACGCAUACAGAUAUACAUCCUACGCCAUCCGUCGAUUAUCUCCUCAGCGAAUGCGAGAAGGCUGUACAGCAAGGCGAAGACGUAGAAGCGAUUUUAGAACGUCUCAGACGAAAACAAGGCAAAAAUGAGUUACCAGGCGCCUGGACUGAACUUUCUACCUCUUGUUGAUAAACUAUCAUGCCAGCGGCAUACAGAGUAGCAGAUAUUGCCCAUAGAGCAUUCGUUAGCGUUUUAGCAGGCGUUACUGUAUACGGGACAUUCACCCUCAUAACGGGAUACAAUAAUCACAAGAAGAUGAGACUGGAGGCAUUAGAGAAGCAUCAGAACGAUCUAUCACUCAAGGAAGACACAUCGCAGAAUAGCACGUAACAUAAUGCAUUACAAUUACAACAUCUUAUCAAUUCCAAUCCAGAGUAGAAAUCUAGUAAACAGGCUGACCUUCCGUGUACUGUCAUCGAAUGUCGCCUGGUUGACAGACGAGCUAUGUUCGUCGAGGUCCUCAAGCUCUGCCUUGAGUUUGUCCCCCAAACUCUCGCUUUCUGUUAGCAUGAGAAAGCUGAGCUCCAAGUCGAGAUCUGAGCUACGCCCACUCAGGUUUGAACUUCCUAUGAACGUCACCAUGCAAUCCUCGUCGUCCUUUUCAUUACGAAUCCAGAUUCCUUUGCAAUGGUACGUCCAGCCAUCUUUCCUCCAUUCCUUGAGAGAAAGUGUCGUCGCGCGUCCAUAUUUGACGCAGCUCCUGAAGAAUUUUGAUUCAAGGUGCGUGUAUGCUUCUGGUAUGCGUCCGCUCACACCUUUGCUGCCGAGGAAGCCGUUUGCGUGAGGAGAUGCCGCAAUGAUUGAAGUUGGUACACGACUGUUAAUAAUACGACGCUUGUAUGCCUCACCCAAGCUGAAAUAUCCACUUGUUAUAUCCAACUUAGCACCUGGUAUGCCAUUUACGGCUUCAAGAAGAUACUUGACUGCUUCCUCUUCUUGCCUGACGCCCCAUAAGCCAGCCUGGAUUAGAGGAUAGAUAGUAGUAUCGCCCUCCUGCUCAUCCGUACAUCUGAAGCUUUGGUUGAAGUUCUCGACCUCAAUUCGAGCUUUCUCGCCGUAAGCGUGGGCUGGUUCGUCGUUGUUCCACGCCAACUCGUAGGUAGCUGGUUGGACGCUAUCGUCUGUACAGCUCAACUUGUGACUGAAACGUGCGAGCUGCUCUACAAAAGACCUCAUGUAUUCUGUCAAACGAGGGUGUGCACUUAUGUGCAUAUAUCUGUCCUGUCUAUCCGUAAAGUAGGACGUGUUUAUAUUCGCACCAGAGAGUAGGACGUUAUCGUCAAAGCAGUAAAUCUUUGUAUGUUGAGUACCGAAACCCUCCUUGAAACGUGGUGGUAUGAGUCGCUCCAAAGCACCCAGUUUGGUAUUCGGCUUGUAGAGAAACACUCGUACUCUACCACCAAAGCGUUUUGUGAGUGGUGCCAUAAGACUAGCAGAGGAGUGAGCUGGUGUCUGGCGUGUACACCUAUUAUAGUCAGCCAGAAUCGUCAGCGUGAGGUCCUUUCUUUCGUCCAGACGCCGCUGGAGGAGAUCGAUAAGUUGGUGCUGCUCUUCACCUAUAUAGAGUGUAGAUAUGUAUAUACUCCGCGUGGCAUUCUCUAUUCCCUCCCGGAAUUUCUUUUGGAAGUCACUGGGACUCGAAAGAAGUUCAAUUUGGCUGGCAUUAGCUUUAAAUGAUGGAUACCUAUCCCUCAUCCAGCCCUGAAGCUCGUCCAACCGCACGGGCAGCGCAGACGCGGCUGGAGCGGUCGUGGAUAUAGCCCGUACGCUAGUUACUGAUCUGGAGAGUAAUUUGGUUAUCAUAUAGCGUAUAUAUCUAUAUAGUCUAUAAAUUGCUCUUCACGGAGUACUAUCAACUGGAUGAUUGAUGAUUUUUACUCAGGAUUAUCAGCAAAAGUAGGAGGAAUACCGAUUGAUCACCUCAAACUGAUCAGUUGCCUCCUGCUUAGCUAUCCGUUAUCCCACUUAUUCUUGCGUAUACCCUCGCAAUAUCCUAGUCUACGCAACGCGUUCAACCUUCUUUGCUCACUUUUCUUUUUAAUCGGCAUUUUCGAUUUGAAAUAUGGACUCUUGAACUUACUAUUUAACUCAAUAGUGAGCUUUUAUCUCGCAAAAUCAUUCAGCGCGUAUAGCUGGAUGCCAUGGGUUGUCAUGGGCUUUGCAAUGACCCAUUUGUUGCUCUUCCACAUACAAAGGUUGAUACAUGUCACACCAUCGACUGCGAUUGAGAUCAGCGGGAGUCUCAUGGUUCUUAUCCAGCGUACAACGACGUAUGCCUGGAAUGUACACGACGGACAGCUCAAAGAGGAGGAGCUUGAAGACUAUCAGAAAGAUAAUAGAGUCAUGAAACAACCACCUCUACUCGGAUUCUUAGCUUACACACUCUAUUUCCCCGCUAUACUGGUUGGUCCGGCAUUCCCUUACGACGCCUACGCCAGUCUGGUCGACAACAGCCUCUUCGAGACAUCACGCCCUCGCAAAUUGAAAGGACGUCGUCGCGCAGGUUAUCGCAGAAUGGUAUUUGGGUUGAUAUUUAUGGCUCUCUAUGCUGUUUUCGGUGGUUCAACUGAUAUGGGUUUCCUUAUCGACAGCGAGUGGAAGAAGAACCAUGGUAUUUUGUCAAGGAUUGCCUUCCUUCAGAAGUCGGCCGUUAUAACAAGAUGCAAAUACUACGCUGUAUGGUCUAUUUCCGAAGGUGCUUGUAUUAUUUCAGGACUGGGUUUCAAUGGCUACAACGAGAAAAAUGGACGUACGCGCUGGGAUCGUGUACGUAAUAUAGACGUACUUGGUGUAGAGCUUGCACAAAAUGUCAAAGAACUCCUAGACGCGUGGAAUAUGAACACCAACGUGUGGUUGCGUUCUUGCGUAUACAAGCGCGUCACUACCAAAGGAAAGAAACCAGGUUUUCAGAGCACACUCAUUACAUUUGUCACUAGUGCAUUCUGGCAUGGUCUGCCAAUGGGGUACUACCUCACUUUCAUUUACGGUGGAUUCCUUCAAGCUCUUGGCAAGCUCGUGAGGAAGAACAUUAGGCCGUUCUUUAUCGACACAUCUAAAAAGCCACUUUAUGAUGUUCUCUCAAUUGUGACUACGCAGAUGCUGAUUAACUUCGCUAUUAUUCCGUUCAUGCUGCUCGGUUUUAAGAACAGUCUGAAAGGAUGGUAUAGUGUCGGUGGAUACGGCAUUAUCGUGGUUAUUGUAGCAUUCAAUUACUUCAAAUAUAUGGGCGGCACCGAUCGUUUACAAACCAAGCUUAAGCAGAGACGCGAUGAUGCACUUGAGGAACUCUUUGACGGAACGCCUACGGCUGAAAUGAGAGACAAAGCAGGAUUAGAUGAAGAGCUACUGACAAGAGAUGUUGACGAGAUAAUGGAAAAACUCACCAAACAUGGUACACUAGCUAGCCGGGAAGCUGCUGAUCAAAUCAAAGAUUUGAGCAAUGAAGGAAAGACCAUAACGAAAGGCGUUGUCAAAGAUGCCGUUAACGUAUCUAAAUCUGAAUAAAAAGUUUAUAAUCUAUGUAUUUAUUCGUAAUAUUAUGCCUUGAAAUUUUGCAGACG